AUGGAGCUUCUGUACCACAACGCGUCGCGCAGCGUCACUACUCUCCAGAGCUCGGCACGGACGAUGUGGCACACCGGCGUGGCCAUCGCUACCGUUUACGGUGCUAUCAGUGUGUUAGGGUUAAUUGGCAACAUCACGCUUAUCAAGACGUUUUGCUCUGCCAAAUCCACCCGCAGUGUGCCGAAUCUCUUCAUGUCAAGUCUUGCGCUCGGGGAUGUUUUGUUGCUGGUGACCUGCGCUCCAGUGGAUGCAAGCCGCUUCCUGUCAGAGGAGUGGUUGUUCGGCAGAGUGGGCUGUAAAGUCAUCCCUUUCAUCCAGCUCACCUCGGUUGGGGUAUCUGUGUUUACACUUACAGCCCUCUCCGCAGACAGGUACAGGGCCAUUGUGAAGCCUCUGGACAUCCAAACAUCAACAACCACCACCAGCAUUGUCCUGCGAGCAGCAUUUAUCUGGGUCAUCUCCCUGAUCUUGGCUAUACCGGAAGCUGUUUAUUCUGACCUCCACACCUUCAACGUUACCUCCACUAAUGAGAGCUUUGUCACUUGCGCUCCCUAUCCCCAUGCUGGGAAACUGCACCCGCAGAUCCACUCCAUGGCCUCCUUCCUCAUUUUUUACGUCAUCCCCCUGCUGGUGAUAUCCAUGUACUACACCUUCAUCGCCCACAGCCUGUUCCGAAGCGCCUCUAACCUUCCUGUGGAGGGGAACAUGCAUGCGAGGCGACAGGUUGAAUCCAGAAAGCGCUUGGCCAAGACGGUUCUAGUGUUUGUUGGUCUGUUUGCAGUGUGCUGGCUACCCAGCCACAUCAUUUACUUGUACCGCUCCUACCACUACUCCCAGGUGGACACCUCGCUGGCUCACUUCGUAUGCAGCGUUGUGGCUCGUAUUCUGGCUUUCACAAACUCCUGCAUCAACCCGUUCGCUCUUUACCUGCUUAGCAAGACCUUCAAGAAACAGUUCAACCAACAACUGUGUUGUUGCUGUCGUUUGAUCCUCCAACACUCCCCACAGAGCCCAACGCAUUAUAACACACGUGUGACUUCCAUCCACAGCACACAUCACUCCGUAGCAAGUCUGACCAUGAUCAAUGGCAGACAGCUCUAUCAGGAGGACUGUGUGUAAGAGUGUGAAUAUGUACUGUUUGUGUGCAGAAUUUUUCCUGUGUCUUUUGUUCUCAAUUUAAAAUGAUAAAGACCUAUGAAACAUCAUGAGCUCAGAAAACUAACAAAGCUAUUGUGGUGAUGCUCAUGUUUAUUGAAUGGUUUGUCUUAACUAAUAGCUGAAUGCACGUAAAGUAUUUAGUUCAUUUUGUUGUUGGUGUUCCUUUGAAAUGAUUGGAUAACUGUGCUCAUUAUAUGAAUUAUCAGAACCUUGCAUAAUUUAACAAACUGAUUGGUUAGAACUUUAUGUUUAGAAGUGCUACUGUUUUGUUUACUAAUACUUGUAAUUAAUAUGAUUAAUAACCUACCCACUGUUUAAUAUAAUUAUUAGGUCCUAAAACAUAAAAAAAAAAGCUGGUAGAUGUCAUUUAUUUGGCAGAACCAGCUCACAGCCCGGGCUAGUCACGCCAAACUUUAAUUUGUGUAGACAAAAGGAACCUAGUUAUGCAAUCAAUUUGAUUACUUUUUAAAAAUUAUUUUAUAACCAGUGAAUGUUUUUGUUAUGAUUUUGCCCAAAAGUAAGCUUUAUGUGCUUUAAGAUAUGGUAUUCUGUGCUGGUGUACUGAAUAUUGAUGUUAAAUGUUCUUUCUGCACCAUAUUUCUGUAUUUGAUCUUUCUUAAUAUCAGAUGUGGUGAUUACUGUAAAACUUUAACUGUAUCUUCAAAGAUGCAUUUUAAAUGUUGUCUGUCCUUUGAAUAAACUCAGUCUUUUGAAAAUGAUGAAAAUGAUCCGUUUGUUGCUGUU